ACUGCUUGGAGAUAUAGGAACCCAGCCUGCUGAUUUGUGACAAGAUAUGAUAAAGGAAAGGCACUGACCCCCCGUCUUCAGCUGCCAGGGAUCAGGGCAAAUUGGUUGGUGACUUGUUGGCUGGCCACAAAGCGGGAAAGGCAGCUGCGUUGAAGACAAUGACUCACACGUUUUUGCUGUACUGCUUAGUGUUUCUUUUGCCCACAGAGUCCUGCAGGACAUUAUGCCAGGCUGCCAGCAAAAGCAAGGAGAAAGUGUCUGCCAAGCCACACGGUGCAUGUGAUGGGGUCUGUGUGGACAAUUCUCAUUGCAGUCAACCUUGCCCUCCAGAUACUCCGGGAAAUAUGGGUUUUUUAUGUAGGCGAAAUAAAUGGCACAAGAUCACUGAUACCUGCCAGACUCUUACCGCCAUCAACAUCUUUGAGGAGGAUUUAAAUACAGUUCCAUCAUUUGGAAGUAGUAUACACAUAAAUGAAUAUUCUGGAAAGACUGAGACCAUUGCAGAUAAGUUGAUGCGGAAGUGUCCGCAGGAUUUGUCCUGUGUUGUUAAGAACAUUCAGCGUUCUCCCCGGAUACCAGGAAACAUCGCUGUCAUCGUGCAGCUACUACACAACAUAUCGACAAUGCUGUCGACAGAUGUGGAUGAAGCAAAGAUGCAGAGUUACAGCAUCAUGGCCAACCACAUUCUUGAUAGCAAAAGCAUCUCCAACUGGACCUUCAUCCCUGAGAAAAACAGCAGCUGCGUGCUGCUGCACUCAGUCAAUAGCUUUGCAAGAAAACUACUCAUAAAUAAAUAUCCCAUUGACAUAUCGGAUGUGUUUAUUCAUACUAUGUGCACCUUCAUAUCUGGAGAUAACAAUGGAAAGAAUUUAACUUUCUCCAUGAGAGUUAACGACACCCGCAAUAGUGUCACUGGGAGGGUGUUGAUCAGCAGAGAGGAAGCCCAGAAGGUGCGCUCUCCUUCUCAGGUCAUCAGCAUUGCAUUUCCAACCCUUGGAGCCAUCUUAGAGGCCAGUCUUCUGGAAAAGGUCACCGUGAAUGGACUUGUCCUGUCUGUCAUUCUGCCCAAGGAACUUAAAAGGAUCUCACUGGUUUUUGAAAAGAUCAGGAAUGCAGAGGACAGCAGGACACAGUGUGUUGGCUGGCACUCGUUAGAGAGCAGAUGGGACCAGCACGCCUGCCAAAUGAUUCAGGAAACCUCCCAGCAAGCUGUUUGCAAAUGUAGGCCAAGCAAGUUGUUUACCUCCUUCUCCAUUCUUAUGUCACCACACACCUUGCAGAGUCCCAUCCUGACUUACAUCACGUACAUAGGCCUGGGCGUUUCCAUUUGCAGCUUGAUCCUUUGCUUGUCCAUCGAGGCCUUGGUCUGGAGCCGAGUGACGAAGACAGAGAUCUCCUAUUUACGCCACCUGUGUAUUGCCAACGUCGCGGCUACCUUGCUGAUGGCUGAUGUGUGGUUCAUCGUGGCUUCCUUUCUUAGUGGUCCAAGGACACACCACAAUGGAUGUGUGGCAGCGACGUUUUUUGUUCAUUUCUUUUACCUUUCUGUGUUUUUCUGGAUGCUCGCUAAGGCACUUCUUAUCCUCUAUGGAAUCCUGAUUGUUUUCCAUACACUGCCCAAGUCAGUCCUGGUGGCAUCUCUCUUUUCCGUGGGAUACGGUUGCCCUUUGGUCAUUGCUGUUGUUACGGUUGCUGCCACUGAGCCUGGCAAAGGCUACCUACGGCCUGAGGCCUGCUGGCUCAACUGGGACAUGACCAAGGCCCUCCUGGCCUUUGUGGUCCCAGCGCUGGCCAUUGUGGUAGUAAACCUGAUCACGGUGACACUGGUGAUUGUCAAAACCCGGCGAGCUACCAUUGGCAGUUCCAUGUUCCAGGAGGUGAGAGCUAUCGUGAGAAUCAGUAAGAACAUCGCCAUCCUCACACCACUGCUGGGCCUGACCUGGGGAUUCGGAAUAGCUACAGUCAUCGACGAUAGCUCCCUGUUCUUCCACAUUCUCUUCUCCUUGCUUAAUGCUUUCCAGGGCUUCUUCAUCUUGGUGUUUGGAACAAUCCUGGAUCCAAAGAUAAGAGAAGCCUUAAAGAAUCGAGUAACCUCUGCAAAAUGGAUCUCCAGAAUAUCAGAGGUCACACAUUCCAGGAAUGGCAGAACCCCCAGGAGAAGUGUGUUUAUUCCUGUCGUCUGGCCUCUGGGGAGUAUGAAGACAGCCUGUGGUGCUGAUGGAGGAGAGCGUGACUACGGAAAGGAUGGAAGGCCCCUCUGUCUACUUCUGUGCUGCUAAUCGCUUCUCUCUCAUCAACUGUCAACAUAUAUAUGCCAUUCUGGGCAUCUACAGGGAACAGAAAGACAAAGUGGGCCACAGCAGGGCCUUAGUCUUGUCGGGGCCUCUGGAAAAGCACUCUGGCUCAUCUUGACGAAGGUGUCCUGGGAUGUCACCUGGCUGGAUUCUGUGGGUUGCUGAGGGAGGGGCCCUCACCAACAGUUGGGCUGACUCUAAGUAGGUCAUUGCUGGCUCUCUGUACAAAAGGAAUCCUAUUGCCAGCAUAUUCCACUCCUCCAAAUUGAAAUGGUUGCAUGGUCAACCUGGCUUGGGCUUCAAUGCAACUUUUUUUUUGGCUGUGAACCAAGUGAAAUAGGUAGAGCUUUUGAACCAGAAAGAUGCUCAUUUUAAGUUAAUGAAGCCUAGAACAAUGGGUCACAGCUAAUCAAGGCUUGAGCCAAAGGCAAAAACCCAAGUCUGCAGGCUUCUAGUCCUGGGCUUUCUUCAAAGGCAAGGUACUGCUGAAGGGCACUGUCUACUCUGACAAUAUAAUUUACCCUCUCCAACAGCAUGUUUUUUUUAUUUUGUUUAUUUAAACCUGGGAUGAGAAAGGGGAAAUAUCAUGUUUCAAGUAGAGAGCUGCUCAUUUUCUUAUCUUUGUAUGUAAACAAAUUCAUCAUUCAAAGCAGGUCCCGCCUAAUAGGAGAUCAGUAUUACAGAUAGAAGCCCUUUAAAAAAAAAAAAA